AUGUCUUUAAACGUUGCUCGGUUCAACAAGGAUAAUUUACUGGACAAUUCAGAUGAUGAGUUUGGAGAGAUUUUGCUAUAUUUUGCUUGCGAGGAAUAUAAUCAAUUAUAUCUAUCCAAGCAACCUUUUAGAAAUUCAGCUCUUUCAGGCCAUGAAUAUGUUAUGGAAGUGUUGCACGGGCAUUGGAGUAGGUGUUAUGAUUUGUUAAGAAUGAACAAAGAUGUCUUCAAAUUAUUUUGUGGUGUUCUAAAAGAAAUUUUUUUAUUGAAGAACUCACGAUAUCUGUCUGUUGAAGAACAAGUGGCUAUGUUCUUAUUUGUGAUUGGCCAUGAUGAACGACAUCGUGUGAAUUGUGUUGGAGCUAUAGAUGGGACUCAUAUUUCUGCGCAUGUUCCAAUUGAUGAACAAAUACCAUAUCGAGGUCGAAAAGUGGAUACAACUCAGAACAUUAUGUGUGUAUGUUCAUUUGACAUGAAGUUCACAUACGUUGUUCCUGGAUGGGAAGGAUCAGCUAAUGAUGCACAGAUUCUUCUAGAAUGUGCCACAAACCCAGAUUAUGGAUUUCCAAUGCCGCCCCAAGGAAAAUAUUAUCUUGUUGAUUCUGGCUAUACAAACAUGCCUGAUUUUCUUUCAUCAUAUCGAGGAGAAAGGUAUCAUUUGGGCCAAUACACAGAUCUUAAUCCCAUAGGCAAAAAAGAGCUCUUCAAUUAUCGACACUCUUCCUUGAGAAAUGUCAUUGAGCGGUGUUUCGGCGUGUUGAAGGCUCGCUUUCCAAUCCUAAAACAAAUGCCUUCAUAUGAUCUAAGAAUACAAAAGUACAUUGUCAUUGCUUGCUGCGAGAUUCACAAUUUUAUAAGGACAAAUGCAGAAGCAUAUGUAUAUUUUGAUGGGGGUGAAGGAAAUUCUGAAGUACAGGCUACUACUUUACAAAGCACGGAUGGAACUUUGACUGAUAGUGUAGAGUUCAGUAUUUCUAGAACUCAUAUACGUGAAAUGGCUCAUGUUCGUGAUGAAAUUACUGAUCAUAUAUGGAGAGCUAGUCGACGAUAG